AUGAAAUUCUUCACUGCUUCCGCUAUUGUUUUGGCUCUUGCUUCAUCAGCUGAUGCUUUCAUCUUUGGAGGUCUCGGAGGACUCGGAGGAGGAGGUGGUGCAGGUGGCUGUGGAUGUGCUCCAGCAGCCCCAGCUUGUGCACCAGCACCAUCAUGUGGUGGUGCAUCAUAUGCUGCUCCACCACCACCACCACCACCAGCUCCAGUUGGUUAUGCUGCCCCACCACCACCACCAGGUCCAAUUGGAGGAGGAUAUGCUUCUGGACCAAUUGGAGGUGGAUAUGCAUCUGCACCAGUUGGAGGACCAAUUGGUGGAGGAUAUGCUUCUGGCCCAUCUGUUGGAGGAGGAUAUGCUUCUGGUCCAUCUGUUGGUGGAGGAUAUGCUUCUGGUCCAUCUGUUGGUGGAGGAUAUGCUUCUGGUCCAUCUGUUGGUGGAGGAUACGCUUCUGGUCCAUCUGUUGGAGGAGGAUAUGCUUCAUCAGGUCCAAUUGGAGGAGGAUACGCAUCAUCAGGUCCAGUUGGAGGAAGUUACGCUUCAGCCGGUCCAGUUGGAGGUUCAGUUGGAGGAGGAUAUGCUUCAUCUGGUCCAAUUGGAGGAGGAUAUGCUUCAUCAGGUCCAGUUGGAGGUUCAGUUGGAGGAGGAUAUGCUUCAUCAGGUCCAUCAUCACAAUAUGCUGGAAAAUAA